AUUAUUAUAAAUCCAAUAACAAAAUAAUCAAAAAUACUUUGAUCAUUUAUUUUUUAGAUUUUAUAUUAAUUAUUAUUAUAAUUUACUUUAAAUCAGGUUCGUAGAUUCAAAACUUAAUUUUGCUGUAAGUUAACUAUAUAAACGUGUGUCGCUUAUAAUCCAUUCUUAGUAUCAACUUUGAAACUAUCCUCGUUUACAGUAACCCUUACUUUAUAACUGGGUUAAAGUUAGAGAAUCAAGCGCCAGUUAGCAUCUUCAAUUUCCAGACUCCCAAACAUUGGAUGGAAAACUGGAAGUAUGGUCCAAACGAGAUUUUGCCUUUCGUUAAAGGCUUGUUACUUAGGCAUCAAGCUUUGGAAGGAUUCUUGUCCGAAUUUUUACCUGUCGUCGAUAUGUCGCGAUUAGCAAGGCCGCGGGCAUUUUUGACUGUUCUUAAACAACACACUGCACGUGAAACGCGACAGCCUAUGGAGAAUCUUCGUCUUUGCGUGAACUGGUUCGAAAAUGACAGGAACAACGAUUGGAAGAUAUCGUUGGUCAUCGAGGGACUUUUAAUAUCUGGAGCUGUAAUAGAAGAUGGCACUUUGAAGGAUUUAGACGCAAACGCAGCUUCCAUUGCAACUGCGCCGACUUGCCAAAUUGCCUUCUUACCUGAAAAUUACACCGAGGAUAAAGCAAGAGAUAAAAUAGAUUAUCAUUUAGGAAACGACGUAAAAGAUAUCGUUAAUAUUCCAGUUUACGCGAAUUCGCAAAGGGAUGCAUUAAUUUGCUCGCUUCCGGUUGGAUGUCUUAGAGAGGAACACGAUAAUUGGUUACGUCGAGGUGUUGCUUUUCAUCUAAAAUUGACUUAG